AUGUUGGAAAAAACAUCCACCACUGAUAAUAAUCAAUUAUCUAAAGAAGAUUAUUUAAUUAUGCGCGCAAAAGAUGCAUUACCGGUUGAUAUUUAUGCGGCUAAAUCCUGGCUAAUUACAGCUAGGUCUUUAUUCCCUCAUAGUGCUAAAGUUCAGUUCGAAGCAUAUCGGAUUGAAAAGCUUUCAAAAAAUGUGAAAGAAGCAGCUAAAUGUUUCAGUGAAAUAUUUCAGAAUUUUCCAGAUGAUCGAGAUAUAUGGAAGGAAAUAGAAACAGUAACAACUUGUCUACGUAUGGAACAAUGUGAUUCUGAAGCAGAAUUUUUAUGUCAGAUGUUCCAACACAUACCUCAAGAGCUACAGCAUAGAUUGCUUGUUAUGACAGCUGAUCAUAGUGAGGAUACAAUGGAACAUUGUAAAUUAUUAUUAUUGUUACUACGUAGGUUCCCUCAAACUAUUGCUACUCAUGGAGUACGGUUAGUAGAAACUCUUCUCACUGCAGAGAAGCACAGUCAUCCAGGGCGUGCAGUGAAUGGUUUCAGAAAGCUAUUGGCUUGUGAUGCAUUACCACUCCUUGGUACUGCACCAGUUGAAUUAAACCCAAGAUUAUGUUUAAGAUUACUCUGUAAAGCAGUAGAAUUUUAUUUGGCAUACAUACAACAACCACAGGACAAUCAAAUUCAGCAUCCAUGGGAUAGAUUGUUUCAAGUUGUAGAAUUAAUUGGAAAGAAAUUGGGGUGGGAACUGAGUAGUUUGUUUACAAUGCCUUGGAAUCGAGAUGUAUAUUGCGAGAGACUGCAUCAAUAUGCAGUCGUACAUUCAGCAAAUUUAUGCGAAGAAUUAGUAGUUAGACAAUUGUUGAUGUGUACUAUUGUAGUUUUGUUACGAAUAUUAAAUGAACAUAAUGCGCUUAUAAAUAAUGAUGAUACCAUGUACUGUUUAGUAGAGGCAUUUAGAGAGUGUGUACAUUCAUCUGCAGAACCAAAAUUAAAAAAACGUAAAAGGGAAGACAAUGGAGGUAUUGUAGUAACCAGCGACAGCGAGUACGGUGGUAAUGGUUUAGCAUCAGCUGUGAAAUUAUGGGAUUUGUUACAUAGCAAUGAUUAUUUGCAAAGAGAAGUAGCAAAAUUAAACCAACAGCUUCGUUUAGAUUCAUGGCUCAACUUCUUUCUAACAGAUUUAGCUAUGUACAAAGGUUUACAUCAUGAAGUAUUAGCAAGAUUAUCUCAAGAAGCAGGUAGUUUAUCUGCUCAUCUUCGUUUAGCAAGUACAUGUUUUUUCUUAAAAGAUUAUAAGGGAAUGUUAGAGUACAUAGUUUUAGCAGUUAGUACAUUGCCUUCAGUAAGUGGAAAAGUAUCUCAUAAUUUAACAGUUCCAUGUGCAAGGCAUUUGCAUUAUUUAACAAUUGCGCGUUUUCCCAUCAUUCAAUAUUGCUGCAGAUUACUUCUUUUAGCGAUGAAGGAAAAUUUUUCAUUACCCGGCGGUGUUGGAGACUUGGCCAUAGGACAUGUAUUGGUAUUAAUGCAAAUCGAUUGGCCUCAGGAAGCUAGUACCUUAUCUACAAUUACGGAAAGAAUCAUCAAUCGUGGAUCUUUUUCAUAUCCAUUAUUUCAGGCGUAUAUUAUAUGUGUAGAUAUUUUAGAAGAAUUGACAUACCUCUGGACGGAACAUGGGGGUGGUGUAUCUCUGGAUAUAGCCUCAGGAUCGGGAGUAUUACAAAAUCGACGUAUAACUACUCGUGGAGCUGACAAAGGUGUACGCGAAGAAGUGAAACAAGCAAUGCGCCGGCAAGCAGCACGUGAUGGAAUCGAUCCAUUAGAUGAAUUGUUACAAAAGUUUAUUAUUAAUGAAAAAGCUGCUAUUCUACACAGUUUAAUUAUUCAAUAAAUUUUUCUGAUUUUUAAUAACAAA